AAUAUAAGACGUGCCAAGAAUGUUUUCUCGAAGACCUGCUCCUAGUGCCGUGGUACUUGUUCGUAAUUCAUCAUAUUUUUGACCUCUUUACAUGGGCUUGUGAGAAAACCGUUUCUUACAUGUACCUGUCCCCAAAUACAUGACGAUCGCAGGAUUGGUAGUUAGAGUCUCAUCCCUGUUCGCUUUAUCGGCGUGAAUUUUCUGCGGAGCUGGUUGUUAUUUUUGUCAUGGCCUCGCAAUCUCCAAAUGUAAAAAUCCCUGAAGGUCCUAGCCAACGAUCUGAGACUCGGAUUGAGCUCGCCGAAGGCUGUCGUGAGGCAUUCAGGUCCUCCUCGCCAGAUUACCAGAUGGGUGAAAAUACGGAUACAGAAUCUGACACGGGCUCAGUUCCAUUAGUCCUACAGGAUAGCCUGAUUACUCAUAUGUCGCACCUCCGCCUCUCCAUCCUCCUCCCGAAUUGAUGACGUCCUGGACAAAACCUCCAUCUAACGUACCCGCGUCUACUAAACCAACAAUUGGCACAAAGCGACCUCAUCUUGAUUUUCAAUUGUGGAGGGCUCCGCCGCUGCCCCCUAUGCCCAAUCCAGCGUCCUUUGCAACCGCAAAUCUGCCCUCGUUGACGACCUCAGGCCCUCAAACGAGUACAUCAGUUCUCAACGCUCCAUGUACGCCUAUGGGAAUGAAAGACGAUACUGAAAGGGCUGCUGGACACGCUCCGUCACCAUCACCCGAUUUUCCUCCAUCAAAGGCCUCGAUGCCGAUGCAGGCGAUGGCUGAAAUGGGGAUGGACGUAGGUGACAUGGGUGGUGUGAGCGGUUUAGUGGGGUGGUAUCGGGAGUAUGGACUUGGGCGAAGGGAAGAACCCGGCGGAAUGAGUGGCUUAGAAGGAAUGGGCGGACUCGGAAUGGGACUUGGUGAAAUGGCUGGAUUGGGCGGACUCGGUGACACGGGUCGAAUGGGUGGUAUGGGUAUAGGAAGACGGUUGAACGAGAGGGUAGACAACAUGGGCAUGACCGGCGGCGUGGGUGUGGACACGGACAUGGACGACGACCCUGACCGGAUGUUCCAGGGCUUCCUUAAGACGCACAAGGCUUAUGAUUCGCUCGACCUCCCUUUGACACCAGGUCUGAAACCUCAACCGUCGGAUGGUUCAAUACGUAUUCCAGGAUCUUCCGGUCAACCAACAAUGCCGACUUCUCCUGGCACAGACUUCAAUAUGGAUGAGGUCGUCAUCCUACUUGACAGUCAGAACUCUGUUUUCCAACCGUAUAGCGAGGAAAAGGCUGCUAGGGAUACACAUUCAGAUCUCGCGGGUCCAUCUCAAGCCUCAGGAUCAAGUCUCUUUGCUGCACCCUCGUAUUCUUCCCCAUUUUCAAACGUGCCCAGUGAUAAUGACUUUUAUUGACCAAGCACUCACGGAGAUGCGGGGGAAAUGGCGUACUAGGCGAUGAGCCAGCUAAAAAUGUGCAACAGCUGAGGGAAAACGCAAAGCGUUCACGGAAUAGUGGUGGUCGGCCGAGCUACUACAAACGUCUCUCGCCCGACACUAGGGCUUGCAUUGAUCGUCUCAAUGCAGGUGGUCUAAUCUCCUCCAUGUCUAUGCCAGGAGGAAUGGCAGGCGUUCCAAGCCGUAUGCCAGGCUUUGCACUGGGCCAACCACUGCGACCAGAAGCAGCAGGUCUUCGACCUUCCAAUUAUACGAAGCGAACUGCUAACGCCAAUCUGCGGGGACGAAUCCUGCAUGCACGGCCGAUUCUCAAAAUCAAGAUAGCGCAUCCGC